AAUUGAAGAAUCGGAUUACGAGAAAGGAUGGAAUUACGCCAGCGAAAUAUAUCACGAGAUGUAGAUGAUAUUAAAGCUAGCAUUAGAAGGAAUAUGCUGAAAGACGUUAAAGCUGAUUGGUUGAUUGAUAAGAAGUCGCAGUAUCUGGGUUUUCGACAUUGGUUAUUGAUUUUAACAGUUAUUAGUGGGAUUUAUGGAUUUGUCGUUUAUCAAGAUAAUCGAAUGCCUGAAGUUAAGCCGGCAGGACAGUAUAAUGAAUUCUCGGAAGAAAGAGCACGAUUGUUGCUGCAAUCACUUACAGACCUUGGGCCACGUACCAGUGGUUCGGAAAAUUGCGAAGUGCAUGCAUUUAAACUUAUAAAUGAUAGGUUGAAAAAUGCAGAAGCAGAAGUUGAGGCUCGAGGUGUGAAUCGCUUAGAGAUUGAUGUUCAACGUCCAUCCGGAUGCUUUAAUCUCGGAUUCCUGUCAUCAUUUACCUUAUGCUACCACAAAAUAACCAAUAUUAUUGCACGGAUUGGACCAAAGGUUCCACCAAAACAUUCCAUUCUACUAAAUUGUCAUUUCGAUACGUUUCCGGGUUCACCUGGUGCUACCGAUGAUGCCGUGAGCUGCGCGGUUAUGAUGGAGAUUAUGGAUAUCUUAUCUCAUUCAAAAGAAUCUCUCCAAAAUGAUAUAAUUUUUCUUUUCAAUGGAGCUGAGGAAAAUUUUUUGCAAGCAUCACACGGUUUCAUUACACAACACCCGUGGCGACAUUCCGUUCGAGCAUUUGUAAACUUAGAGGGUUCUGGCGCUGGUGGCCGUGAAAUACUGUUUCAGGCUGGACCAGGAAAUUCUUGGCUUUUGCAUACCUAUUUGGAAAAUGCACCUCAUCCGCACUGUAGUGUUUUAGCGCAAGAAAUAUUUCAAGCUGGGAUUAUACCAUCUGAUACAGAUUUUCGGGUUUUCCGAGAUUUCGGUCGUAUUUCAGGUCUCGAUAUUGCUUAUUUUCGAAAUGGGUGGGUUUAUCACACGGAGUUUGAUACUCCAAAAUACAUCACUCCAGGAUGUAUUCAAAGAGCUGGUGAGAAUCUGCUUGCCGUUGCUAAGGCUUUGGUAAAGUCGCCAUAUCUGGAUCAACCAGGUGAUUUUGAGCAAGUUUUGGUCGUUAUUGCUUAUCGCAUCAGAAAAGGAUUUUAUAAUUUGAUGGAUUUAUUUAAAGCAGUUCUUGGUCAUAUUAUCGCAGCGGCUGUCAUGUUAGCAACAGGCGCAUCAAUUGUCUUAGCAGUGACCAAACUCGACAUGAUAAUGUGCUGGUAUUCACUUCCAGAACUUGCUUUCCCUCUCUACAUAUUUCCUCUUCUCAUCGCCGGUUGUGCUACCCAUACGAUCUUAGCUCAAUUACAUAAAAGACCUAAUCAAGAAAUGGUACAUUUGGAUGGUGUUUUAUUGUUGUUUUCAACAUGGCUGGCACUUGCAACAUUCGCUGGUAUUGCUGGUGCAUCCUUUUUACUUUACAACUCUUUCUUUUUAUUGCUUCGUGAUCCAUUGCUUUGGCUUCUGGGAAGGAUGCGGAUUAUAACAAGGAUUUCUCCGGAAUGGUUGUUAUUUACUCAACUGCUGUGUACUAUUCCUGUGAUGGUAUUCGAUGCUUAUUCAGCAAUGUUACUUUUUGACUUCUUCGUUCCGGUUACAGGACGUAUGGGUGUAGUAGUUAAUCCCGAAUUAAUUAUCGUGCUAAUGAGUCUCUUUGUUGCAUUAUGCUUUGUUCUUUUUACGAGUAAUCUACUGUAUGUCAGCCGUCGCAUGGAUUAUCUCCUAAAAUGUGGUUUAAUGUUGUAUUGCCUGUUUUUUAUGGCCUUGUUUACUACAAGGCUUGGCUGGCCUUAUAAAUAUUCCGAAGAAAGCCCUCGUCUGAGACGCCUUAUUACAUUGGAUACCGAACGUUCAAUUUAUCCUUUCCAAAGUAACAUAUCAGUGCAGGAACAUGCAUUAUUUGUACAAACAUUAGAUUAUCGUGGUAUCACUGACCUACCUGAACAUACUUUUUUAACCGGAAACAAUGAACCUAACUGCACUGGCAUCAAGGACGAGUAUUGCCGUCUUCCAUAUUAUACAGCUAUUCAUCAGCUGUUCCCUCCACGGGAAUCUCGUUGGAUACCAUUACCUGGCCAUCCACGGAUAGCUAGUCCUAUCAAAGUCAACAAUGUCGAGAAACAUUUGUUGUCGAAAUCUGAGUUGCGGUUAAGUUUUACGAUUUUGGGUGGUGUUGAUAAAAUGUCAUUACACUUGACACCUAUGGACGAUAUUGAAAUUGAUAGUUGGUCAUUUACAAAGUUCCAGUCUGAUGCUUUUAGUAAGCGCAAUACUUAUUUCGUUUUCCUUACAUAUGGUGCCGAAGCUCCAAAGGAACGGAAUUUCUGGGUUGUUCUUAAAAGGAGACGAACGGAUUUCAAUGAUUUGGAUAUCAGCAAGAUGCCGGUGUUGGAAAUAUCAGUGGCCACACAUUACGCUCAUGGGCCUUAUCAGUAUUCCGACACUCUUACGCAACUCCGAUCAUUAAUUGAAUCACGGCGAAAGACACCACAUUUGGCUAUAGGUUGGUGGAGAUGGGCGAUUACAACAACUGCUGCGGUCUCUGAAAUUGUGGUGCACACAUUUUAAGUCGAUUAAAAGAAUGAUUUGCAUGAUGUUGCAUUUAUAUAAUGCAAAUUCAUCGAUGGUUGUGCAAAAGUCUGGUAGGAACGUCUUGAAAAUAUAGAUCAAUUGAACAGUCAAAUCGAUUCCGU